AAUUCGUGCCACGACGAAACCUACGCACACGAGGGGUUCGAGGAGACUCGCGUCGAUCGCGGUUAUUGUUUGUACCGAAAUCCACUAACUAACCACCACCAAGCGGACCAUCACCGUAGUACCCAGUAGCAACGGAGAUAGGCGCGUUCGACCCGAAACCACCAUAUAUUUCGCGGUGUGACGAGUGACGUUCUGGUUUCUAUAUUCUAAUGCUGAUUCAAACAGCCACCAUCAGCGGUCGUCAGUGAUAAGCACAGUCGUCCCCAAACACUGCUGUACGAAACAACGAACGCGCUUCAAUCCUAAGCACCAUCCACAGCUCACCGUCUUCUCCCCGCCAGGACCCAAAACGAAACGAAACGAAACGAAACCCACAAAACGCGGUCCCUCCCAAAGCGGCACCUCCGACUCCCAAGCUCUCGGUGACAUUGAGACGAAAGUAAAAUAAAACAACUAGUAAGGUCAGCUGGCGUGGUAUACGAAGGAAGAAAUACUGCCACCCAAAAACGCGUCACAAAUCACCACCACGAACCACGUAAACGGCAAGAAUCUGGCAUAAAAAGCUCGUUACCCGUUGCGCUCGUAAGCUACAACGUGAACCAACACUUGCUGUGGGUGUCUUCUAUUCGCGUGUGCUGCCCUCGGUGCUGUGGAGUGUGAUAAGUGGAACCAAUAGUGUACGCAUCGUGCGCAUCGAUUCUCCAGUGUGUCCGGGUCCAUCAUUUGCCCCGCAUUCCCGUUUCUGUUGCGUGUGUUCGAAACGAACAAGCGAACCGAUACGAUGGCCAACAACAGUGUGCACGACGAUGAGAUGAAGCACUGCUACGAGAACCUGAUUGUGGUUGAUGUCGGUGCUAAUCUGACCAACAAGAAGUAUACCCGUGACCUGGACUCGGUGAUACAGCGCGCCAAAGACUCAGGCGUUCAGAAAAUAAUGGUUCCCGGGACGUCGGUGAAGUCGAGUAAGGAGGCACUUCGGUUGACACGCAUUUACCCCGGGAUCAUCUACUCGACCGCCGGUAUUCAUCCGCACGAUUCAAAGUCAAUAAUCGAGGAGCCAAGCAGCUGGCACGACUUCCAGAUGAUUGCUAGCGCUCCGGAGUGCGUGGCGAUUGGACCGUGCGGGCUCGACUAUCAGCGGGACUUUUCCGAACCCUGCACUCAGAAGGAGAUUUUCGAACGACAGCUUCAGCUGGCCGCCGAACUUGGGAAACCGAUUCUGAUCCACGAGCGAUCGGCACAGGAAGACGUUUUGGAAAUACUGACAAGAUUCCAACCGACACAGCCGAUCAUCGUGCGUGGUUUCAUGGGCACAACGGACGAAGCGUUAAAGUACCUUGAGCGGGAAUAUUACAUCUCUCUGACUGGAUACUUGUGUAAGGACAAAUCUGAUACUGGAGUACGGAAGCUGCUGGAAGAUGGACGACUACCGAUGGAGCGCUUGCUGGUGGAAACGGACUCACCGUUCAUGUAUCCGAAUACUCGUGCCUCUAAGCUGCCGCAGCAUGUAAAGGGCGGCCUGACGGAGCGUUCGCUGCUUUACUUGCAUCGCUACUGUACCUUCCAGCGCAACGAACCCUGCAGUUUACCGGCCAUCGUCGAGAUGAUAGCGGCCUUUAUGAACAAGAAGCCUGAAGAUGUGGCACUAGCUACUGCCUUCAACGCCCUCAAACUGUUCGGACUCUCCCAAUGAUGAUCGGUCAUGGUGGGGUCACGGAAAACAGACCUGUUUGCAUGGAGCGGCAAAGCGCUAAGGCCGAGGAAUCGAAUGGUAAAAUAACGAACGACAUCGUGUCUUAAAAAGGGCCGAUGAUAUUUAUCACGAACUUAUUUUUAAAACGAAGAAUAUUACAUUUUCAUUUGCUUUUUGUGUGCGAUUUCUAUCGCCGCUGGUUUGAUAGCUAUCAUUUAUGACCAUGGAAUGUAGUAAGCGAAGCGACCUGGAGAACGAACCAAGUUCUCCGAUCGAGGAUAAGUUGUUAAGAGCUCAUGUUCUCCGUUCUCAGAAAGGAACAUCGAUUCCCUCGACACGUGGCUCAUGCUCUACACAAAGCAUUAGGUAUUGGGACAUACAAACUCGAUGUUAGGAAAGGUAAAAACGCAUAAAAUGGUCAAUGUUUGUUGCAACGUAUUGAUAAAACAUGGGUGAUAAAACUAAAGUUAAUUCAACAAUUAUGAAAAUCGAUUACUGCACUCGAUGUUCUACUCGUUACGAAAAGCACCAUACCCUGCGUUCCUCAUUUACAACGCAGUCUAUCUAUUUAACACAACUUUCUUCCGCUUCUUUCACGGGUGCGGGCCACAGUACUCGGCUAGUGAACGAAGAUACUUUGUUAACAACACGUUGUUCGAUGUUAGCCUAAAAGUGUAUAGACGCUCUUUGUUAUCAAUAUGAAACCAAGCGAAAGACUGAUCACGGAAGGAAUCAUAAGCAACACGCAACACGGAGAGAGAGGAGUGCAGAAGGUAGGAUGUUAGUUACACAGAAAAGGAGGAGAUCAGAGAGAAGAAGGGAGAGGGAAGAAAGAAUAAUGCAAAACAUGUUCCACAAGAGCGCAGCUUAAGCGAAACGAGGAGUAUUGAUGUAUGAUCUUCCAGGCGCCAGGACUCUGCUGUGCCGUUGCACUUCACGCCACGGAGCAUUCGUUGAAAGGAUUUCACUAGAGAAGGCGAGGCGCGGAGCAACGGAAGUCCAGGCCGAUCAGAAAGCUAGAGAAGUGCCAUACUUUAUAUGCCUCAAAUAGGCUACGCUAAUGUAACAUUUGAUUGUAUAAAGUGUAACACUGUUUAUGUAAAUUAUUAAGGAAACUGUAUGUAGUGAGAGUCAAUAAAUGAAUCAUUUAUUUUUGUA